GCGGGCUGGCAGUCCCCCACCCCCCUCCUCCCGGGUCAUGUGUCCCGGGCCCGUACGUUGCCAUGGUGACGCGGCCUAUGCGGACGCCCACACUCGGCGCUCCGCGGAUGUGAGCGGGGCCUGGGGCGGAGCAGAGCGGCCCCACAGCGGCAUGAGUCACAGGUACAGCCGGAGGCCCGUCUGCAACACGCUGGAAAUAGAUGGACUGCUGCAAUCUAGCGUGGCCAAUCAUCCACUACCAGACAAAGAAGCAGAGUAUUCAGCUCCCUCUCCCAUCACGAGUGUUGAGGAUUCAGAUUCCAUCUUCAGUGGUGAGUCCAAGAUUUCUGAAGAUACCAGUAGCCAUCUCUUGCUGGCUGAUAUUGGGCAUCCUUGGUCUGCAACGAACAGCUACACCGAAACCAGACUCUCCACAGCCUGCAGCUCUACCUUCUCCUGGGGAAACAAUGAGUUUGAGAAUGCAGCCUCCCAGCAGGUUCAACAAAUGUUCUUUGAGAUCGAUGAACUACUGUUUGAAGAGAAGAGAUGUUUACGUGUGCAGAGGCUGGAGGAGGAAUGUCAGGAAUGGAAACACAGUUUCCCACAUUUUCGAAUUUUGGGUACGCAGAUAGCAGCUCCUGUUAAUGAAGCUUAUGCUUGGUAUCCUGACCCAGAGGAGGUGAGAAGCCCACAGCCAAUGUCCAGUCCAGCUACUGGCACUGCCACGAAUGAACUUUGUCUUGUUGGAAAGAGUGCAACGUUCUCGGGUCUGCCUCUGUGGAAAGGGAGCGACUUCAUGCAGAAGAUUGGCAGGUUUCCCUGGGAAGAGGAAGGAGACGAGUCGGAGGACAGCGUUAUCAUUGCAGAAGGCUUUAUGGAGGAGUAUUUGGCACUUAAUUACAAUGACCAGGAGGAAGAUGGCUCUGAGACAAGGCUGGAUCUGUCCUUGCAGUACGAAGACAGAAGUGGAUUGCCUACAAUCUCUCCAAGUCUCUGCAGAAGGAAUACUAUUGUCACAGAGCUCUUUGAUGAGGUGUGGAUGGAGGUCGUGAGGUGUAUGGAGGUGCUGAUUCGUAAGCAUUGGGAUGCACAUGUUUCAGAUGAAGACGAGAAUGUUUCUUCAGUGGAAGAUGCAGGAUUCAACUCUUUGAACUUCCUUUUGCCACAUGAACCACAGGUUCAACAGACACAUUUUGAUAUGGUACAGAUGAGGCCAAAGGUUUUACGGAUCCAAGGAUUUCCCUGUAAUCAGAGAAGCUCUCCAAUGCCUGAGAAAAUUGAGUGUUUCAGCAAUGAAUGUAUGGCCAGGGAGAUGCUGUCUGCCAUGGAUCUGUCGCAACGGGAUCCAGUUGAGAGGCCUGUCCUGAGACCCUAUUCAAGCAACAACUCUGCAAGCCGAUUUCAUUCCAGCCAUCCGGAGGAACAUGGUAUUUGUUCUGUGUUCCGCCCGGUCCAUUCUGCACAGAGACGCAAUACCCCUCGGAUACUACAUCCAAUACAUUCCAGUCCAUCACGCUCCCGAACUCCAGCUGGAUCUAUCAAUGAAUCAAUUCACGGAACAAGGCUGCAGAGUGCACGGGAUUGCCUGUCUGCCUCCACAUGGUCUCUCAGACACAACACCUUGCUUCCACCGAUCGGCUGCUCCGAUACUCAGCACUCAGCUGCAGCGUCACCUGAACCUCCGCAGAAAACCCAAAUUUAUUCAAACCAAAUUCAGAAUACAGUUAUGGAUGAAGCAAGCCUUCCACCUCCAAAGGACAGAUUCUUGAGUAACAAAUUCUUCACCCGGCCAAAAAGCACACACACAUUUCGGCUCUAGUCUCUGCACAAACUGCCUGGUGGAACAGAAUGAAUGGAAUAGGAUGUUACAGCCACCACUCAGGUGAAGCCUCCCACCACUGCCCUGAAAGCAAGGUUGCUCCCCUCGUCCCAACAUUGGCUGCGUCAGACCCGCUUGAAGAGCAUCACUGGCAGCCACCAAAUGUACAAUGAGCUGCAUCAGGCUGCACACUCUCUCACACUCAAUCUGCCAUUCAUAUUUGACACUUUUUAAAAGCACAUAAUACAGAAAGAGCACAGAAUAAAGUUUGAAACAUGCAGGUGAUGUUAAGAAGGAAGCUGUGAUACCAUUCAAAGAUUUAUAAUCAGUUAUACUUAGGGCCUGAAUACUUUGGUUUUAAUUAAUUUCAAAGCCAUAAAUAACUGUUCCAUACCUCUGAAGGCCAAAUUGAUUUUUAUUUAAAUUCCAGUAUGUUGUGUCAAGAGUGGAGAAUUAGCAAUUGAAUUCACUUUAUUUAUGAAUGUCACAAACAGUUUGUAGGUGGGCAUGUGAAGAGAUGUGUGAACAUACUUCUGAGGUAAUGACCUGGUGGUAUUUUGUAAUAAAGUGAUAUUGGAUAUGCUUGUGUUGCUAUUAUUACAGAAUUAAAAUUACUUGCACUAAAAUAUCAGAUUUUGCCAAACACGACUAGAAAACAGAGUAUAACAAAAUCCUUGCAUGGGUCCCCUGGCGGUCUAGGUGCUGGAGGAUGAAGUGCAGGCCUAGGUUUGCUGCGUCAUCCACAGAUCUAUUGGCCCAGUAUGCAAACUGCAGGGGGUAUGUGAUACUAUUCACGUGGCCUGCACGUCUUUCAUGGGGCUUCAUGAUUACAGAGGUCAGUGCGACAGGCCUGUAGUCAUUAAUACCAGUAAACGGGAGGCCACCAUCGACUCCAUAGUCAAAAAGGCACAACAGAGGAUGUAUGCAGAUGAUACAACGGCGAUUGGCCUCAUCAGCAACAACGAUGAGUCGGCCUAUAGGGAGGAGGUCCAGCCCUAGCAGCAUAGUGUGCUGACAACAACCUGGCCCUUAACUCCAAGAAGACCAAGGAGCUCAUUGUAGACUUCAGGAAGACUAGGGGCGGCACGCACACCCCCAUCCACAUCAACGGGACGGAGGUGGAACGUGUUUCCAGCUUCAGGUUCCUGGGAGUCAACAUCUCCGAUGACCUCUCUUGGACCCACAAUACCUCAACUCUGGUCAAGAAGGCUCACCAGCGUCUCUUCUUCCUGAGGAGACUGAAGAAGGUCCAUCUGUCUCCUCAGAUUCUGGUGAACUUCUACCGCUGCACCAUCAAGAGCAUCCUUACCAACUGUAUCACAGUAUGGUAUGGCAACUGCUCUGUCUCCGACCGGAAAGCAUUGCAGAGGGUGGUGAAAAUUGCCCAACGCAUCACCGGUUCCUCGCUCCCCUCCAUUGAAUCUGUCCAAAGCAAGCGCUGUCUGCAAAGGGCGCUUAGCAUCGCCAAGGACUGCUCUCACCCCAACCAUGGACUGUUUACCCUCCUACCAUCCGGGAGGCGCUAAAGGUCUCUCCGUUGCCGGACCAGCAGGUCCAGGAACAGCUUCUUCCCUGCGGCUGUCACACUACUCAACAAUGUACCUCGGUGACUGCCAAUCACCCCCCCCCCCCGGACACUCCUCCCACAGGAAAAACACUGACUGUAUGCAUGUAAAUAGAUUUAUUUAUUGAAAUCAUACUCUAUGUCGCUCUUCCAGGGAGAUGCUAACUGCAUUUUGUUGUCUCUGUACUGUACACUGACAAUGACAAUUAAAGUUGAAUCUGAAUCUGACUUCCUGCGGCAGUUGAGGAAACACAGUCCAGUUUUAUACUGCCAUCAUAGUCUGGCCUCACGUUCUCCAUCAUGGUCUGCUUUGGCUCAGCCACCAAGCACGACACCUGGAGGCUGUCGCAUAUCGUUCGAUCAUUUGAGAAGGUUGUUGGCUGCAGCCUUUCCCCCAUCGACGAACUGUACACUACACUACAAGGGACAGGAAGCGAGUGGGUAAGAUCAUCUCUGACCCCUCUCACCCUGGCCACAAACUCUUUGAAUCACUUCCCUCUGGAAGGACUGUCAAAGCCAGACAUAAAAACAGCUUUUUUUCCCACGAGCAGUAGCUCUACUCAAUAACCAAAAAUCUGUAGCCUCCUUUUGAUCUGGUAUUUUAUUUCAUUCUUUACGUGUUUAAAUUAUAAUGUUUUAUUUUUAAUUGUCUACUGCAUAUCGUGUUGUUACUUGCGAGCAAAGCAUCAAGACAAAUUCUUUGUAUGCCUACAUUCUUGGCUACUAACAUUUAUUCAAAUUCAAAUUGAGCCAAUUGUUAAAAACUAAAGAAUUCAAAUCGGAAUAACAUCUUAAAAUAUUUAGAACAUAGAACAGUACAGCACAGGAACGGGCCCUUCAGCUCACAAUGUUUGUGCCCAACAUGAUGCCAGUUCUAACUGAUCUCAUCUGCCUGCACUUGAUCCAUAUCCCUCUAUUCCCUGCACUGGCAUAUGCCUGUCUAAAGUUCUCUUUAACAACACUAACAUAUCUGUCUCCACCAGCACCCAGACAAAAUCUUCCAGACUCCCACCAUUCUCUGUGUAAAAAACUUGUCCCACCCAUCUCCAUUAAGUUUUCCUCCUCUCACCUUAUAGCUAUGCUCCCUCGUGAUGGAUAUUUCCACCCCAGGAAAAAGUUUCUGACUGUCUACCCUAUCUAUGCCUCUCAUAAUAUACUUCUAUGAAGUCUCCCCUCAACUUCUGACGUUCCAGAGAAAUUGUUUGAGGGACAUCAAUCGACAAAUAUAAAAUUUGUUUUAUUUUGGGACACGAAACUUACAAAGCUAUAAUUACUGUUUAGGCUGCAAUUAAAAACAUCAUGUUCAGAGCAUUUUCCAGUUAGAUCACCAAUCACUCAUUACAUGGAGAGGUCGAUGAAAUAGUGUACCCUGCCAGGGUCAGAAAAUCACUGCUCUUAGUUUCUGUGUUUUAAUGUGUAGUUAUACACAUAGAACAUAGAACAGUACAGCAGAGGAACAGGCCCUUCGGCCCACAAUGUCUGUGCUGAACAUGAUGCCAAGAUAAACUCUUACCUGCACAUAAUCCAUAUCCCUUCAUAUCCAUGUUUCGCGUCGAGACCCUGUCUAAAGAAGGGUCUCGACCCGGAUCGUCACCCAUUCCUUCUCUCCAGAGAUGCUGCCAGUCCCUCUGAGUUACUCCAGCUUUUUGUGUCUAUGGUUUAAACCAGCAUCUACAGUUCCUUCUUACACUUUAUAUCUAUCAGUUCUCCACUCAACCUCCAGAGGAAGCAAUCUAAGUCUGUCCAACCUCUUCUGGUACUGUAAACCCCUUCUGCACUCUCUCCAAGCCCGAGCUCGACUCCUCCCACAUCCUACAGAACCCUCAAAAACUUCUUCAACUCCUCCCACUUCCUCCAGAUCCAAGGCGUAGCUAUGGGCACUCGCAUGGGCCAUAGCUAUGCCUGCCUCUUUGUAGGGUACGUCGAACAAUCCCUGUUCCAGGUGUACACUGGCCCUAUCCCCGAACUCUUUACCUCCGCUACAUUGACGACUGCAUUGGUGCUACCUCCUGCACCCAUGCAGAAUUCACUGACGUCAUCAACUUCACCACUAAUUUCCAUCCUGUACUCAAAUUCACGGACCAUCUCCGACAUCUCCAUCUC